UUAAAUUCACGAGGGGCCGCUUUAUUGUAGAUGAGACGGAGAAUAUUCGAAAGCGAGAGAUCAGAUUCGACUUGAACAGGUUCGCAAGUGUCGCGGCAGUAGAAGAAAGGCCGCGGCUUUACGCCAGUAUUCCGCCCAAAACAUGUUUAUUGGAUGGCGGUAACUCAUGCAAGCUAAAAACGCAGACCUGUAUGAAGUCAUCGAAUUUCGAAAAACAGCAGCAUACGGGCUGAUCUUUCUUGCGCGCCGCAUGUUCGAAUAUGGCGAAGCACACUUCCAAUCGCUUCAUGUUUAUCUGAAAGACACGUGGGGGGACUUAGCUGCCGUCACUAGCGACAUCCUAUUCCCGUUCGACUUUUCGGAAACCGAUAUCGAGCGCAUUAAGCUGGAUAGCUAUCGUGCGGUAGUGGGAACUGAGCUUUUUGCGGUGGCCAAGGAGAGAAUGGGCGAUUUAUGGCCAGACAAAGGCUUUAUUGAACACGACCGAUACGAUGAUUGCAAAGCUGCCCUCCAAGAAGUCAAAGAUCAGAUAUGCGAAGAAAGAGCUGAGUAUGAGGAUUAUUGGCCAUUUGACUACUCCUUAUCAUAUAAGUUUAUACAUUGGAAUGGUUCGCUCAAGCCCGACAAUUUGAUGACGAGGGUAUAUCCUCCGACCCACGACGAUUUUAGGCAGCUUGGCCGAAAAGUAGUCGUCCCCAGCCCGGAAGGGCAUCUAUGACUGGUAAAUAUUCUGCCGUAGUAUCCGAUCGUAUCUUCAUACUCUCAGAAUUUAAAUUGCUCGGAUCCUCAAUACAUCUGGUGUCCUUAAGAGUACAGUUGAAAUCAUACUAAGAGGUUGCAGCCAAAGCUGGGUGUCGAGGAGUAAUAUAGGAAUUCAC